AUAUCCACAAUCUAGUUGACGUGUUGAAACUGCAUUCUAUGUGCACAGUAUAAAAUGUAUUUCCAUUUGACAACAUACAAUGUUGUUGUCGUUUUUUUGAAAACGGGACAGGCUGUGAAUUUAUCCUUAAGAAAAGUCUAAAGAAGUUGCGGGCUGGCUAUGUCUUUUCCGAAGGCUCCGAUCAAGCGCUUCAAUGAGGCAUUAACUUGUGCCCCACCACCUGGCUCUUACGAUAUCAAAAAUUCAGACCCAUCAAAAGGACCUGUGUCUUUUGAAAAGUCUGAACGAUUCAAGAUGCAAAUGGAAGAUGUAGGAGACCAGCCAAAUCCAAGCAACAUGAAACCCAUUCCUUCCCCAGCAACUAAAAGAAAACUUCCAUCUCUCGGUUCAAGACCAAAAACCAUGGGAAUGAAGUCUGACAAGAGUCUGAUUUCCAUUAAAGAAUUGAAAAAGCAAAAAGAGCUGGAAAAGGAGAUUCGGAUACUAAUUGGAAUACGUGCCCAGCAAGAUAAAAGAUUGCAAGCCCUGGAGGAACAUCUUGCCAAGUCUGAAUCAAAUCUGUCUGCUGCAAUUCGGGAGAAAAACGCCCUUUUAGCAAAUAUUGCUUCUCUGGAAAAACAGCUUUUGGAGUUGAGGAAAAGCAAUGACUUGCUCAAAACAAAGAUGGUUCCUGUUAAAAAUGUAGACAUGGAAAUUAAACUAAAUGUGGUCCAAGGAACUGUGGAGGAAAAACUAGCCCAGCCCAAAGAAUUAACAGAAACAGAGAGGCCAGCAGAAGAGAAAUAUGAUUUGGAGAAACACCUGGAAUGUAUUGUAGAACUUGGUAAUGUUACAGAAGAAGUUGAUAAAUACAAGCUGCAUAUUGUCCAACUACAGGAAAUAAUAGAAUCUAAAAACAAGGCCCUUGAAACAUUGGAAAGUACUCUUCAUCUGAAAGAAACUAUGCUGUCUUCACAAACUGAAGAACUGAAUGGAAAGUGCAAAGUACUUGAGGAGCAGAAAGAGAAAUGCGUCCAUGAAUAUGAAGAAAAGGAGCAAGUUAUAAAUGCUGAGAUACAAUGCUUAAAAGAAAAACUUUCUAUAGAAGAACAGAAAAACCAAAAACAAAAGAAGAUUUUUAAGGAAACUUCAGAUGAUAUGAAUCAGAAGUUACUCAAAUUCCAAGAGGAGGUAGCUAAAGAGAGAGAGAUACUAGAGACAGAAUUGAAAGAAGCCAUGGAUGAGCUGGAUAAAUUGCACGCUAAAGAAUCUAAAGUUGAGAAGCUUUUAAAUCAUUUGGAACAUGCUAAUGAAUCCCAAAAUGAGGAGUUAUCACAGCUGGAAACAAAACUGCAAAGGAAAAGUGCAGAGUUGGAAGAAAUGGCUGCAUCACACAAGAAUAUCACUGAAAAGCUUCAAGAGGAAUAUAACCAGCUCCAGUUUAAAUUUGGAGAGACCGCCACUGAAUUUGAAAAUUACAAAGUCUGCAUGACUCAAGAGAUUACAUGCCUGAAACAAGACAAAGCUAUUUUGGAGGAGAAAUUAACUGAAAUGAGUAGAACAGUCGAAAAUGUGACUCAUGCAAUGCAAGAAGAACAGCAUGCAAAAGAAGAUUAUAUGAGGACGCUUCUUGACAGUCAAACAAAAAUAGCACUAAAAGAUGCAGAAAUAGACGAAAUCAAGGAAUUGAGCACUAUGCAAAUUGCUAACCUACAAGCCAAACUGGAGCAACAAAGUGAAGAACUGAACAAAAAACUUGAAAUAGAAAGGAAAGCCAUUAAAGAAACAAUUGGAGCAGAUUACAAAAAGAAUAUAAAAACUUGGCGUGCGCUCUAUGAAGACCUGUCUAAUAAAGUAAAACCUUUUCAGCAACAGUUAGAUGCAUAUGAGGCAGAGAGAAAUGCCCUUCUAAAUGAGCAUGGUGCAACCCAAGAAGAACUGAACAAAAUUAGUGAUGCUUAUGCUAAGUUGUUGGGCCAUCAGAAUCAGAAACAGAAGAUCAAACAUGUAAUGAAACUGAAAGAAGAGAACACCCAACUAAAACAGGACGUAUUAAAGUUGCGUGUCCAAGUAGCAAAGGAAAAACAAGCAAGGGAAGACCUCCAAGAUCAAAUUAAUGAAAUUCAGGGUGUUAGACAGUUUGAUCCUUCUAAAGCUUUUCAGCAUCCUAGCAAGGAAAAUGUUGCUCCCAAAACACCUUUUAAAGAAAAUAACAGAAGCAAAAAUCAAGCUAUUCUACACUGAUCAAGAACA